AGGUAAGUGUAUAAAAUGCAAUAUUACUACCAAAUAUAUCGCCAACAGUUGUGUGUGGUCACCCUGUAUAUAAAACUAGAUAACAAAUCGCCGUCUGUCAGGUGUCAAAGCAUCAGCUGUUUGUUAUUGUUUACUUUUUACAUACAUUUUGGUAUCUCUGAAAUGGAAGGCACAGUAUUCGACGAAACCUUGCUCGCUAUUUUGAAAGAAUGCCACACGUUACCAAAUUUCUUGGAUAUUAUUUUUGGAUUCCUCAAACGAAGAACAGACUUUUACUGUAUUGCCACAGAUCCAAAAUCUGCAAUUGGGUUACCUAAAGGAUGGGCAGAAUAUUUCGUUAAGGAAGCAUUCGUUAAAUGGAAAUCUAAAGAUGCACAGCAAGAACUCGAACAACACAAUCCUGCAGUUACAUCUAAGACGCCAGCUUGCAAUAGCAAUCAGUCAGAACAGACUUUUUCACCUUCGGACAGCUACAAUGGUGCAGUGCAUGAAAAUUAUACUUGGUCUCAAACAGUAAACGAGGUUAACAUAAUAGUGAGACUUCCCGAAAUGUCGACUGCGAAAGACAUUGAAGUUCUAAUACAAUCACAAAAAAUACGUGUAAAGCAUAAAAAAUCUGACAGUAUUUUACUGGCCGGAGAACUUUGUGAAAAAGUUAAACAUAACGAUGCAAUCUGGUCCCUUGACAAACGAAAACUCGACAUUCACCUCGACAAAUCGUCUGAAAUGUGGUGGAAUUGUUUAACAAAAACUGAACCGAAGCUUGACAUUUCGAAAUUUGACUGUUCCAGACCGUUUGACGAAUUAUCCGAAGAAAACCAAGCUCAAAUUGAGGAGUUGACUUGGAAUCAGGAAAGGAAACUGCACGGUUUACCAACAAGCGAAGACAUUAAGAUGCGUAACAAGUUGGCUAAAGCGUUUGCUGUCGAAGGUUCACCUUUCAAAGGAGUUGAUCCAAGUACUGUACUUAUUGAAUCUGAUGGUAGUUUCGGGGCCACCGACUUUUAAAUGUUAUAUCUAUCUAUUUAUAUUUUUUUGUAUUGUGCUUAUUUUAUUAAUAGAUUUAUAGAAAUUUUGGCACGUAAA